UCAUCUCUGACUCCUAGAUCUCCGGCAACAUAGACGGGGGUGAGUCGUCAGACGGAACACGACCACCGGCAAUCACCAUGAUCCACUCAACGCCAGCUGGCAGGAGUAGUUGGCUGCACCAAGAUACACUGGCAUAACGUGAGCUCCUCAACUACACGGUCCACCUUUUCGCCACGUGUCCGAUCUUAUUAAAUCUGGUUCCAGUGAAUUUCUCACCUGUCAUCAGGUGUCAUUUUUCUAGAUUAAAGUGUGUGUGUUAGUCUUGAGGAGUUCAGAUUUUUCUUCAAGUUUGAGCAUCUGGGUUUGAUGUCACUGUUUGAUUCAUCAUUCAUGGAUUCAGAGCCCUGAUGAUGAAUACGAAGCAUGGUACUUGGGGGGAAGGGGAGUGAGUCAAAGUGUUUGGAGUAUUUGGAUCCCAUUGUUUCAAAAGUUUGAGCUUUUGAGCAGCCCGAGAGAGAUAGGAAACUAAAACAAAGAGAAAAAUAGAAAGGGGUUAUUUUUAUUUCUAUUUCUAUUGGUUCAAUAAUGCCUGCAGGCUUAGUAGCAAUAUAGAAAUCAUGGAGAGGAGAAAAGAAAUUUUAUUUCUCGUCUGCAACUUCUGAGGUUCGUUCACGUGAAGCAAAUGUCCGUGAAUGAGUUAGAAACGAGUCCUCCGAGAAAUUUACCCCCCUUUGUUUUGGUGUCUCCAUUUGAAGCUUAGAGCUCUCACCAAUGCAGCUCUCACACCUUAAAUGCUGCUCACUCACUCCUUCAACAGUUCAACUACUUGAAAAACCAUUAUGAGCUACUUUGUCCAAUCAUUUUUGGCUUGAAAAAGCGGUCAAAUGAUGAAGAACAGUGAUGCGUGGAGUCAAAGAUUGGAGCUUGUUCUGAAAAUGACUCCAAAUUGGGAAAUGGUAGAUCUCGAGGAUUUGGGUUUAGAGAGUGAUUGGGGGGUCAAGUAGCACAAAAGGUAGUGUCAAGUAAAGGAUAAAGAUUUGACCUUUUUGUUUCCUAGUUUAAAGAUUCCAUUUAUGUUCUCAAAUUUGAGUUGGGUUUUCCUUUAUGAUCCCGCUCUUUAUGAAACAAAAUCAGCAACCCUACUUCAAACAUUGAAUCUAUUCAAGUUCUUGCUCUGAAAUUACCCAACCCAAAUACAAUCCCACAGAUUCUCAAAUGGAGCAGCAAUACUACUACUCAAGGUACUCAUUGUUCUUCUUGUUCUUAUUCUUCUCUGUGAUUUUACUUCUCCCCUUGGUUCAAGCCGGCGACGCCGAAGCUCUGUUAAGCCUGAAAUCGACACUGGAUCCGACGAACUCGCUGCCGUGGCGGCAAGGAAGCAAUGUGUGUGAGUGGGAAGGUGUUAAAGACUGUAUGAAAGGAAGAGUCACGAAGUUGGUGUUGGAGUACUUAAAUUUGACUGGCACUCUCGACCAGAAAAUCCUGAACCAGCUGGAUCAGCUCCGAGUUCUGAGCUUCAAGGGCAACUCAAUUUCCGGCCAAAUCCCCGACCUCUCCGGCCUCGUCAAUCUCAAGUCCCUCUUCUUGAACGACAACAAUUUCUCCGGCGUUUUCCCCGCGUCCGUUUCGUCCCUCCACCGCUUGAAAGUCCUCGUCCUCGCCGGCAACCACAUCUCCGGCGACAUUCCGGCGUCGCUGCUCAAUCUCCGCCGCCUCUACGUUCUGUAUUUGCAAGACAAUCAGUUCAGCGGCACCAUUCCGCCGCUCAAUCAAACCUCCCUCCGGUUUUUCAAUGUCUCUAACAACCAACUCUCCGGCGAAAUCCCGAUCACGGCGGCGCUCAUUCAGUUCAACGCCUCGUCGUUUUUCGGAAACAUCAAUGUCUGCGGUCUGCAGAUUCACAACAAAUGCCAGAACGGCAUUGCUUUCCCGCCGCUACUCGGGCCAAGCUCUUAUGAUGGUAAACCUACAAAGUCGAAAUCCAAUCGUUCCAAGCUCAUAAAAAUCAUAGCAGCAAGUGUAGGAGGUUUUGUGCUGCUUGUUAUAAGUUUGCUUCUAUUGUUCCUAUUGUGCCGGAAACACAGCCGUCGCAAAGAUGCCGAGAUCAGAAACAAAGGGGCUGUUCACGGCGUUGAGGGGACGGAGACCGGUGGAGGUGGGGAGGGUCCUUCAGGCGGUGGCAGGGGAGGUAAUAACGGUGGAAAGCAAGGGGCGUUUUCGUGGGAGGGUGAUGGACUGGGGAGCCUGGUGUUCUGCGGUCCAGGGGAUGAGCAAAUGAGUUACAGUCUGGAGGAUUUACUGAAGGCUUCGGCUGAGACACUGGGGAGGGGUAGUAUGGGAAGUACGUAUAAAGCUGUGAUGGAGUCUGGGUUUAUUGUGACAGUGAAGAGGCUCAAGGAUGCAAGGUACCCUAGGCUUGAUGAGUUUAGGAGACACAUGGACUUGCUUGGGAAGCUGAGGCACCCUCACUUGGUGCCUCUCAGGGCGUAUUUUCAGGCUAAGGAGGAAAGGUUGCUCGUAUACGAUUACUUCCCUAAUGGCAGCCUCUUCUCGCUCAUUCAUGGUUCAAGAACUUCAGGAGGCGGGAAGCCUCUGCACUGGACAUCAUGUCUUAAAAUAGCCGAGGACUUGGCAAGUGGUGUGCUUUAUAUCCACCAGAAUCCUGGCUUAACCCAUGGAAACUUGAAAUCCUCAAAUGUCUUGUUGGGUUCCGAUUUUGAAUCAUGCUUGACAGAUUAUGGUCUCACUUUAUUCCGAGAUCCUGAUUCACAUGAAGAACCUAGUGCAACUACUCUCUUCUAUCGUGCCCCUGAAUGCCGCGACAUCAGAAAACCAUCCACACAACAAGCAGAUGUAUACAGCUUCGGCGUCCUCCUCUUGGAGCUCCUAACCGGAAAGACUCCCUUCCAAGACCUCGUUCAGGAACAUGGCUCGGACAUUCCAAGCUGGGUCCGUUCAGUUCGCGAGGAAGAGACAGAGUCGGGAGAUGAACCUGUCAGCUCGGGCAAUGAGGCAUCAGAGGAGAAACUUCAGGCGCUUCUUAAUAUCGCAAUGGCUUGUGUUUCGAUUACACCAGAGAACAGACCUACAAUGAGAGAGGUUCUGCGGAUGAUAAGGGAUUCAAGGGCAGAGGCUGUAGUGUCUUCGAAUAACAGCAGUGAUCAUUCACCGGGGAGAUGGUCGGAUACUGUUCAGAGCUUGCCUAGGGAAGGACACCUGAGCAUUUGAUUCAGUAGCUAGCUAGCUAGCUAUAUAUAAUGGCAUGCAUUUGAGUGGUCAUUAGUGAUCGAAUCGAUUAACUUGGCGGCUUGUUAAAGUAAAAUGUAUUCAAUCUGAUUUUUUUGGAUGGAAUUGGAGCGUGAUUGAUUCUUGUACCAGUACUACUAGGCAUUUGUAGAGCUAGGAGGGCGCUCUGGCUGGGUGUAAAGGUUUUUGUGAUUUUCAUUCUUGUUGCAAUAGCUAGUUUGCAUUUUGUAAAAGUAAUUCAAUCAAUGAGGUUUGUAUCACCUUAUAGGUAGAAGUUUUCCAACAAUAUUCACAAGCAUUUUGGAAGCUAACGAUCUUUUUUUUUUUUUCAUUUCUCACUCUACAAUGGGAUAUGGUUCUGCUUUGCCAGACAGAGUUAAAGGUUUGCUUCGAACCACUAGUGGGUAAAUACAGGGAAGAAGAGAAGGCGUAUAAUUACGAAUCAUCCAUGCAUGAUUUUGUAAAUGAAGAUCGAUCUGGCUUUCAUUGUUUUUAUUGUUAUUUCUUGAUAUGUAAUGAAUGUUGUGUCAGUUCAUACCAACUGAUCGAUAGUAUGAUUGAUUUCUUGUCGAGAUUCGAUUGGCAUACUGUUUUUAUUAGAAAAUAAUACUUGUACUUGAUCUUGAAUCUAAUUUUCUUUAUUGGGUUCGUUUGUAGCUGAUUGAUAGCUCUCUUCCAAUCA